CAGGGGGAGAGUUACUAUGGCAGGAGUUCUGCACUUGAUUCUUCUUUUGUUUCUGCAUUAUGGCUCGUUUGUCCUCGUUUCAACCAGACCUGCUGAUGACCCAGCUGCAGCGGCGUCCACUGUGGACUCAGAUGCAGCUUUUACUACAACUGUGAGCCUUUUUUCUGCAGGAAAAGCUGCAAACACUCCAAACACCUCUGAUGUUCCCACCACAGGAUUCACCACCAGUUAUAGUAAGUCUACAACUAAACCUCCCAGAACCACCACAACUCCCAAACAUCUGACUGAAGAGACUGGUAAAACAGCCGAGAGAGCAGUUCCCAGAAAAGCAGAAGAAGAAGAAGGUCCUCUGGAAUUAGAAUGUCCUCCUUUGGGUCUGGAGUCUCUGAAAGUCAAAGACACUCAGCUGAGAGCGUCGUCCUACAAACGCAGAGGCCUGGGCCCUCACCGCGGCCGUCUCAACAUCCAGUCUGGGACAGAGGAUGGAGAUAUCUACGACGGAGCUUGGUGUGCUCAGUACCGAGAUAAGAAACAGUGGCUGGAGGUGGACGCUCUGCGACCGACUCGCUUCACCGGUGUCAUCCUGCAGGGUCGCAGCUCCAUCUGGAGCUGGGACCUGGUGCACAGCUACAAGGUUCAGUUCAGUAACGACUCGUUGGUCUGGAAGCCGUGUGUGAACGGGACCGAAGAGGCUGUAUUUGAAGGGAACCAGGACACAGAGACACCCGUCCUCGCCCUGUUCAACACUUCCACAGUGGCCCGUUACAUCCGGAUCAACCCGCAGACCUGGUACCAGAACGGGACAGAGGGGGACAUCUGCCUGAGAGCCGAGGUGUUGGGCUGCACGCUCCCAGAUCCAAAUAAUAUCUACGCGUGGCAGACAGAGCCGACAGAGUCCAGAGACAAACUGGACUUCAGACACCACAACUACAAGGAGAUGAGAAAGCUGAUGAAGUCGGUGAACGAGGCGUGUCCUGACAUCACCCGUAUCUACAGCAUCGGAAAGAGCUACCUGGGUCUGAAGCUCUACGUCAUGGAGAUCUCCGACAACCCCGGAAAACACGAACUGGGAGAACCAGAGUUCCGAUACGUCGCAGGGAUGCAUGGGAACGAGGUUCUGGGCCGAGAGCUUCUGCUCAAUCUGAUGCAGUACAUGUGUCAAGAAUAUAAACGGGGCGACCAGCGCAUCGUCCGUCUGGUCAAAGAGACCCGCAUCCACCUGCUGCCCUCCAUGAACCCUGAUGGAUACGAGAUGGCCUUUAAAAAGGGCUCGGAGCUGGCAGGUUGGGCCCUGGGACGUUACAGCUACGAGGGCAUAGACAUGAACCAUAAUUUUGCUGACCUUAACUCAGUGAUGUGGACUGCCAUCGAGCUGGAGACGGACCGGUCCAAGCUCAUCAACCACUACUUCCCCAUCCCUGAGCAGUACACGUCUGAGGAAGCCUUUGUGGCCUCAGAGACCCGAGCCGUCAUCAACUGGAUGCAGAACAUCCCGUUUGUUCUUAGUGCCAACCUCCAUGGUGGAGAGCUGGUGGUCACUUACCCGUACGACAUGACCCGGGACUGGGCCCCGCGUGAGCACACGCCGACCGCUGAUGAGAGCUUCUUCCGCUGGUUGGCCACAGCGUACGCCAGCACCAAUCAGGUGAUGUCCAACCCAAACCGGCGGCCCUGCCACAACAAGGACUUCAUCAGAUAUAACAACAUCAUCAAUGGAGCCGACUGGCACAACGUACCAGGAAGUAUGAAUGAUUUCAGCUACCUCCACACCAACUGCUUCGAGGUGACGGUGGAGUUGUCUUGUGAUAAAUUUCCUCAUGCCAGCGAGCUUCCCAUCGAGUGGGAGAACAACAGAGAGUCUCUGCUGGUUUACAUGGAGCAGGUUCACCGUGGAAUUAAAGGUGUGGUUCGGGACAAAGACACAGAGGCUGGAAUAGCAGACGCCAUAAUAAAAGUUGAUGACAUUGAUCACCAUAUUAGAUCAGUUGCUGAUGGUGACUACUGGCGGCUGCUGAAUCCUGGUGAGUACAGAGUGACGGCCAGCGCAGAGGGAUACUUCCCCUCCUCCCGCACCUGCCAGGUCAUGUAUGACCACUACCCCACAAUCUGUGACUUCCGCCUCACCAAGAUGCCCAAACAGAGGCUAAAGGAGAUUUUAGCGAAGGGGGGGAAACUCCCCAAGGACCUGCAGCUCAGGCUACGCCAGCUACGUCUGCGUAAGCUCCGUGUCACCACCAAGGCCAUCAACCAGAGGAGGGCUGCUGCUGCUGCCAAACGGGCAAAGAGGGUGUAAUGACGACAAAGAUGGAGGAUAAUGUGAGAACAAAGCAGGACUUGUUCAGUUCACAUGGGUUCAGAGGCCACCGACUUUCACUGGAGUCACGUCAUGAUUUCUUUUUUAAAUGCUGUUAUUUAUCCACAACACCUGCACAAGUACACACCUGACAUAUGAACAACUUAAUCCUCUGCUGUGGAGCAGCAGAACCAGUGUGGAACAAUUCAUUGCUUACAGACACAUUUAUGGUUCCUGUUUACAGUCACAGACGUCUCCUGAUCUGGUGGUUUUGGUUUGGACUUCAAGUAUUAAUGUGUUUUGAUGGUGUGACCAGUAAUUAUCAGAGGCUACGUCAGGACGAGGCUUUUCCUUAUCCUCAGCGUUCAGG